ACAGCUCUGUGAGUCUCUCUCCAUCACCCCCCCAGUCCUCCACCUGUUCCCCUGAGAUCUAACCAUUGUCCCCCAGGCAUUAACAGCAUUCGGCGUGUGUAUCCUUUAUUGUAUCAUCAAGCCCUCUGAUUGGCUGAGACUGUGAGAAACUUCAACCAGACCAAGACCCACACAUUCAUAUGGAGAUGUGGGACUAUAAAUAGGAGGGAUGAAGCCAGCAGAGAUCAGAUUCUCUCUACAGAGACCUCUACAGCACAGAGAUCCAGCUAUGGCACCUACAAUCACUGCAGCAAUGACCAACUCUCAGGACCAUCUGACUCUGACCCACAAGCUCAGAAAGCCUCUGGUGGAGAAGUUACGCAGAGAGCGAAUCAACAGCAGCAUUGAGCAGCUCAAGUCUCUCCUGGGUCCAGAGUUCCUCAAACAGCAGCCAGACUCCAAGCUGGAGAAAGCAGACAUCCUGGAGAUGACAGUUUGCUUCCUGACACAGCUGCAGCAGCAGAAUCAACAGCAAGGAAGACUGCUGAACCACUUCAACAAGCUGCAGUCUUCCUCUGAUAAGAACCUGAGAGAGGCUGACUUCUCUCCUCUGAGCUCCACAGUCCAGACCAGCAUCAACAAAGAGAAGAGCCCAGUCAACAGCGCCCUCUGGAGGCCAUGGUAGACUCAUACAGACUGGAGACACUACCAGACAAACUGAGAUGACCAUGUUGGUCAAAGAUUACUGGACUGAAUUAUUUGAGAUUUAAUUCACUUGUUCUUCUGUAUACAGAAGGCUGAUUUGUGUGUUUUUGUAUUUGUGCUAGAUGACAUUUCCUAAGGAAAUGACAGCAACAAUAUCUUUCAAGUGAAGAAAGAGCAUCUUGUCAUGCAUGUAGCAUGAACUAAAUCUGAUUGCAUCAGCAAUUGUUAUUAUUCCUUACUGUACUUCAUGUAUUAGUAGUAUAUAAUACUAUGGUAACAUCUGUUACUUUUUAAUUGGUAUUGAUCAUCUUGAUCAAACUUUUAACUGUCCUUUUUAUGGACAUAUUGUUAUAAUGGACUUUACCUCACUUUAAUCUCUGUGAUUACUAAAAACUGAUCUGUUGUAAGAUCCAAUUAUCCUUUUUUCUAAAAAGUUUGCUUAUCAAGCUAUCACUAUUUUCUAGUGAUACUUUUAUGCCUCACUGCAUGAAGUGUAUUGUUACAAUAUAAUGCAAUGGUGAUAUUGAUUAGUAUUAAUCAUUUUAAACAAAAAUCUUAAUUGUCCUUUUUAUGGAUAUUUUAUCAUAGUGGAC